UUAUUGCACAUGCGUAUAUCUAGUAUAUCUACUUUCCUGCACGAGCACGCUGUUAGUAAAUCGAGGUGCAAAUCAUUAAAAUCCACUCAAAUACCGACACAAUGAUUUCAAAGAUGUGUUUUCGUUUUACUAGUGUUUCCAGGAGUAUUUUCUCCACGGCUACUGCAACAAGAACCCCUGGAAGAAUCGCACAUGUAAGUCUUGUUCCAAGUCGACAGGUUUCCCACGUGGGUCUGCGGCAACGUUCACAGAUACUGACAACAUCAAAUAGCAUCAGAAACAGUUGGAUUCAGACAAGAUGUGCACAGUCUGAAGCGGACCAAGCAAUGUCUGAAUAUUUGGCUAGUGAGAUUAAAAUGGAGAAGGAAAUGGGAGCCAAAGGUAAAGGCAAGGAGUCCAUGCCUGGUUGGGAAACGGAAUGCAAUGGCUGCAAUGUUAUACUGAAAAAAAUGAGAGGAGAUGAAACGAUAACAGUGAAGUUCAAUGUAAAUCAUUCAGUUGAUAGCAAUUUUGAUGAUACAUAUUCAGAAGAGGGAGAUGUUGCUGAAAAGGAAGAAGAGCCAGAGCUGGUUUCCAGACCCAUGUUUUCAGUGGAAUUGUCAAAGGGAGGUACCAUUUUGCAGAUGACCUGCGUCUUCUCUGAUGCCAAUGAACCAAUAGAACCAGAUCAGACAGAGGAGGAUGUAUUUGAAGAUGCAUUUUCCAUUGAUGAUGUGGCAUUGUUAAGGCAAGGAGAAAGCAAUUCUGAGGCAGUUUAUAGCUUGACGGCUGGAGUUAUGGAUGCAGAUGUGUACCAAUUACUGAUGAAUAUGCUAGAUGAAAGAGACAUUGGGGAGCAGUUUGCACAAGAUCUUCAGAGUUUUGCCACAGCAUAUGAACACAAGCAGUACAUUUCAUUCCUGGAAGGGCUUAAAGCUUUUGCUUCUAAAUAGAGUAGUAAAACUGAAUUUGUUGGCUAAGGUAAAGUCCACUCUCAACAUUAUGGAUAUGUAUUUGAAGUUUCUUUGUACAUCUUGCUGCACUCAGUCUGUUCACUUGAAUCAUUGCCUCUACUACAUAUUAAAAAGGAUGGAUGUUCUUCCAUGACUUCAAAGACAGCAACAGCAAAACUGUCAUGGUUUCUACUAUUAUGCAGUGGUGUAAACUUUUUAUUUUGGAUAAUUGGUGUCUGUAUAAUUUCCAGUAGAAACAGGGAUGUAAUCCAAGAAUAAUAAGCUGUCAGGUAUCAGUUAUUUAAAAAUGACUGAAGAAUGCCAUAGUGAUUAAAUGACUAGGCAAACAUUCUGUUUGGCCCUUUUAGUCAACUGCGUUCAUGGAUAAAGUACACCUUUUAAAAAAUAUUUAAACUGUGCCUGUUAUCUUUGCAUUUAUGGAUGAAAUACACACUUCAACAAACAUUUCAACUGUGCCUGUUACCUUUGCACGAAUGGUUUUAUAGUACAUUGGUUAAAUACUAUUCUGUUCUCUCAAGUAAAACUUCUAAUCCUGGUUUAUGUUCAAUUUUGAUUAUAAAAACAUUUUUAAAGUAGUUUCAUUGAUAAAUAAUUUGUAGAAUAUUGUAUCAUAUACGUUUUGUAUAACAGUUCUUCAAACUUGCAUGAACAAAGCUUUAUAAUGUGAAUAAAUUCUGUGAAGUAGUAUAUUU